AUGGUUUUGUCGAGUAACGAUUUGUUGUUGUCGUUUGAGGUACAUAAGCCGAAAGAAAAAAGGGACAGGCGCUCAAUUAUCAAGUCAUUUUCCGUCAAAGCUCAUGUGAAUUCAAAUCUUUGUCCCAUCAAAACAUUCAAAGCAUUUCGGGAGAGAAGACCAUCUUGCGAGGCAGUGUCGGUGUUCAUUAAUUCAAUUCAACCAGACCGGCCUAUCAAGAUCCGAACAAUUCAAGCAUGGAUGUCAAGACUUCUUCACAAGUCUACCAAGGAGAAACGGGUGUCGGUACGAUCGGUUGCUUCUUCUCUGGCGCUACAAUCUGGUAUUCCGAAAGAAGAUAUAGUCACCAUGGGUAACUGGGCAUCGUCAUCGACAUUUGAGAACCACUACAGGCGGGAACAGCUUUCGGAAUUCGAUUUCACCAACACGCUUAUUAAUGACAAGGAUAUCGAGAUGGAAUCGGAUGAGGAUAUAUUUAUGGAUGCUUCUGAUUCUUUCAUGGAUUCUCUGGAUUAG